AAUCACUUCUUUUCCCCCCUCUCUGUCUUUCCAGUGGAUAUUGCCUCAGAUGAAGACCUGAGCGCAACCACAGUUGAUCUUAAGACGGUGACAGCCUUUUCCAGUGAGGAGACGCUAUCUGAGGAGGUUGAGGCACCUCCCCCGAGCAAUGAAGAUGUUGUGGUGCAGCCGGUCAUAGGGAUAAGCCAACAUGUCAGGCAAAGGUCCAAGGGCAAGAAGGACCUGGGAGUUAUUGGUAAAGCUUUGGCAAUUGGAAUGAUGGCGAUUAUCAUUGUCCUGGGAGUUGGCAUCACCUUAGGAUACUUCUACAAACGGGGAAAAAACCUGAAGAAACAACAAGAGCAGAGGGCCUAUGAGAGGGAAAUGCAUCGUAUUACUCUGCCAUUGUCUGCCUUUUCAAAUCCCACCUGCGAAUUAAUAGACGAGAACAUAGUUGUCAUUGAGAACGCCCCGACACAGAUUGGUGAGCCUGGUGAGGGCCACAAUCCUCUGAUAGACCAAGCAGGUACUCCAGGGGCUUGACUACAUUAGGAACAUGAAGCAGAAAGCUAAAAUCAGCAUUUUACACCUGGAUAGCUUCAGGCUUCUGAGUAAUAUAUAGGCUAUACAUAAGAUUUGGAUUUGAAGCCAUCGCUAGAUCUGUGCUAUUAACCGAAUGUCUCUGGUGAGCCCAGGUUUACAACUAGACGACUUGUUCUGUGAGCUAGGAAACUGCGAAUGAUAAAUCAGCACUAGUGAUGGGCAGCUUCACGUUUCUUGUCAAAGAAAGCUGCUUUGCAAAGGAUGGUGCCAGAUAUAGCCAAUAAGCCAAGUAUUCAACAAUUCAGUAUUGGAAGUUUUCAAUUCAAAGCCGGUGAAUUUUUUAUAUUGUAAACAAUGUGCAACAUAACCUGGUGGUAAUGAACCUGAUCUCAGUGUUUGCUCAGUGUGUUUGGGGGCGAAGUCGAGUCCAUUUUGGGGACUUCCUCACCCACCACAAACAGCUGUGGAGUUCUGGACAAUGAGCUUCCAUCAUGUUCGAGUCUCUUGUGUUUUUUCUGUACUUGAUGAGAAGUUCCUGUUAAUACCGGACACAUUAGUAUAUUUGUUACUUUGUUGAGUUUUUUUUAUUGGUUGUAACUUUUGAGUUGGGAAGGGCAGAGGCUGAAGAGGAAUAUUAGGCUCCAGCUCUUGUUCCUGUCCCUCACUGGGGAGAAUGGUACAGAUUAUUAUUAUCUUCCUUCGUGAUAUGAAAUGCUCUAUGACUGAGAGCCACUCUUACCCAAUAACUCUUCCAGGACCUGAAAGGAUAACCCCUCGCCCAUCUGGUCGAUGGAUUAGGGACCUGCCAGCUCCGGGCUGUUCAGAUACUUAUUUUUAGCCUGAACUCCACUGUGAGACUCCCAUCAUUCCAUUACCAUUUCAGCGACUUACCAUCUGUCCCAAACCGUUCAGCACAUGGUGGCCCCACUAGACCCUGGGUUGGCCUCUGGAGGCUGGUCAAUCCUGACCGGGGUUUGUUGACCAGUCGGGUCCUGAUCAUGUUUAGUUUUACCCCCUCAUUCACUUAACUUUUUGUUAAAGAUCUUCGAUAAAUUCUGUCUCUGGAAGGAUUAUGGAAGCAGCUGCUUUUGCGGAACACGCAGCUGUUGUGCUUGGCCCUGAUCGGCCUAGUUUAUAGCUCCGUUUCUAUCUUUCGCGAAUCUGUAGCAAACGGCAAUGCGAGAAGGUCUGGAGCAGAUUGAAACAUGAGAGAUUCCACCAGUGUUUAAUUAGUAUGUGGGGUGGAGGGUGGGUGUGGGUUAUUAUUGCUUGGUUCAAGAACAGCUUCCCAUCUGUGGCCACAUUGUCCAUGUCACCAGAGGGAGAUGGCAGAGCAGGGGAGGGAGUGGUGGUCACAUACGGUGUGAUAUGGAGCCCAGUGACAGGAGCUGCGCUUCUCGCUUCCUCAAGACUCAGUGUUGGUAAUGUCUGUUUCUCAGUUCCUUGUUUUUGCAGAACAGUUACACGGCAUUGUUUAUUUUUGAACUCUGCGCUGUUACAUUAUUUUUGGAAUCAAUAAUUCAGGUGUAUGGGGUUGUUUGUAAGGGACAUGUGUGUGUGUGUAUAACGUGGACAAUGUCACCAUGUUAUGAAUGUAACCCCCCCCUUAAAGAAUGUGACCCCAAUUUUCAUUGUUUUUCUCUCGAUUUUUGUUUCGUUCGCACUAUUUUUAUUAUGAAAUACCUCAAUUUGAAUCUGUAUUAUGUACAUUGUGCAAAUUUUUACUUCUGUAUAUCGAAAUAACCAAAAAAUACCCUGAAUUAAAAAUGUUUUUAAAUGUU